ACCACUUCAAGGCGCUUAGCAGACAAAAAGAUCGCUAAAUUUCAGAAAAAUAUAACGAAGAGGGGUUCUGUUCCUGAAACCGCUGUAAAGAAGGGGAGCGAUUAUCCUGUUGGCCCUAUAGUUAUUGGCUUCUUCGUUUUCGUGGUCAUUGGAUCAUCUCUGUUUCAGAUAAUUAGGACAGCUACUAGCGGCGGGGUGGCCUGAGAGGGUAAGCAACUGAUGGGAGUGCGUGUUGGUUUUAGAAAACGAGUUAUUUUUUCCUGAUUUCAUAUUCUGCAAACAGUAAAACUAUAUUACAUGGGGGAGUUUAGAGUUGGUUCGUUUAAGCAAUGUUACAAUUGACAGUAUAAACUUGAAAUACAUGAACUAGGAUGUCUGCACCUUUAUUUCUAUGCUUCUACUUUAGGAAGAUUUA